GUCGACGACCAAUGUGUAACAAACCGCUGUAAAAUCUUACAAAUGUUCGACGACAUCAUUUUUGCCUUCUUCUCCUUGGAAAUGACAAUCAAAAUGGUCGCGAUGGGGAUAUACGGAAAGGGGACCUACCUCGCUGACUCGUGGAACAGGUUGGACUUCUUUAUUGUGGCUGCUGGCGCUCUCGAGUACUGCUUGAACGUGGAAAAUAUGAAUUUAUCGGCGAUAAGGACAAUACGAGUCCUGAGACCUUUACGUGCCAUCAACAGAAUUCCAAGUAUGCGGAUAUUAGUGAUGCUUUUACUCGACACUCUUCCUAUGCUGGGCAAUGUGCUGCUGCUGUGCUUCUUCGUCUUCUUUAUAUUCGGUAUCGUCGGCGUGCAAUUGUGGGAGGGCAUCUUACGUCAACGGUGCUUCCUAAAGGCUCUACCCAACGUCAAAUAUCCCGACGACCUUGAGAAGUACUUCGAGUAUCAGGGUCAGGACUACAUUUGCUCUCGUCCCGACGACAACGGAAUGCACUCUUGCAGUAACUUGCCACCGCUUAAGUUUGGGAACGUGGUUUGCAACAACACCGCGUUACCGAACAACAAUACAACGUUUAUCACCAACGACACCUGCGUUAAUUGGAAUUACUACUAUACGGAGUGCAAAGGUCAGGGCAACAAUCCUUUCCAAGGGACAAUAUCGUUCGAUAAUAUUGGCCUUGCCUGGGUCGCAAUAUUUCUCGUAAUCAGUCUUGAAGGAUGGACAGACAUAAUGUACUACGUGCAGGAUGCUCAUUCUUUCUGGGACUGGAUAUAUUUUGUUCUUCUAAUUGUGAUCGGUUCCUUCUUCAUGAUCAACCUCUGCUUAGUCGUAAUAGCAACACAGUUCUCAGAGACGAAGAAACGCGAAAUGGAACGAAUGCGACUGGAACGUGCUCGUUUUCAUUCCACAUCAACCCUUGCGUCAUCGACGAAUACUUCCGAACCAACCACGUGUUACGCAGAAAUUGUCAAAUAUAUCGCACACUUAUGGCGGAGGGGUAAGAGAAGACUAAUGAAGAGGUAUCGAGUGUAUUUGUACAAAAGGCAGCAAAAACGCGAGCAAAAUUUACUUAAGGAACAGAGACCCGGCCAUCCGUUUCGUGGGGGUGUGAGCGGCGCAGAUUCCAAUCGAUCAGAUAGGAGGCUGCACUACGGACGCUGUCCCCGUCUGUUGGCAGCCCUGGAAUACGCGGAACAACAACAACAGGGUAUCGGUAGCGGCGAUGGCUCGUUGGCAGAUUUCACGGCCAAUAGUCCUCCAUCGCAGGGUGCAAUUCUGGGUACCGCAGUUAGCAAUAAUGGGAGCAACGGAAAUUUAGCGGUUGCACCCCGCGCCAGUCCUGAAAUUUCCGAGGCAGAUGUUUCUUCGAAUGUCUGCCAUCGUUUAGGUCUGCAUAGAACUUCCUCCGCGUCCUGCAAUGGCAGCGACAACGUCGUCUCUAACGCUACCGAAGCCAGCAUACAGACAAACAACGCGCUGCUAAGUCCGCCUUGUACGCAUUAUCGUAGAAGAAGUAGCGUGAUGUUCAACGAUGUGGUGUUGUUGCACGGUAGCAAUAGCGUGGGAAACGCAUUGCAGGCAGGAUCCAUGGUGUCACCUGGCGAACGGAACGUGUGCUCGAGCGAAAAAAUGACGCAAACCGGAGACGGCAAUGUUUGGUCCAGUCCACUGCCAGAUCACAUACAGAUGCAGGCUGAGUUGGGUGGAAACGAGGCUAUGACUUGUCAAGAAUUAUUAGCACUGAGCGGUGCUUUGAGCGCUGCAUUACCGACUGGGCAGUUGGCUUUGGAUUCUUUCCUCAACUCGCUCACGAAAGGAAUAACGGACCGCCACAUCACUCUAGAAGACCGUACCCAAUGGUUGGUAACAGACGUAGACAACUGUUCGUGUUGCUGCGAACACCAAGGCACCGAUCAGUGGCCCGACGAAGGUGACAAAUGGACAAAAGUUUCUCGGACGAAAAGAGUCCUAAAAACCUGCGGAAGCCGUUGUGUCUGCGCGAUACGCUGCAUAAGACGUUCGAUCAAGAAGCUCGUUGAGCACAAAUACUUUCAACAGGGUAUUUUAUUGGCAAUUUUGAUCAAUACUUUGAGCAUGGGAAUAGAAUAUCACAACCAGCCAGAGCAAUUGACUGUGGUGGUUGAAAUAAGCAAUAUUGUAUUUUCGGCGGUCUUCGCCGUGGAAAUGUUGUUGAAGAUUAUCGCCGAGGGCCCGUUUGGUUACAUCAGCAACGGGUUCAACGUCUUUGACGGGGUCGUUGUGGUCCUCAGUGUCGUGGAAAUCUGCCAAGCCUUCGUAGAGGAGCGCAGCGGCAGCUCGGGUCUGAGCGUCCUGAGGACGUUCCGUCUGCUGAGGAUCCUAAAGCUGGUGCGCUUUUUACCGAACCUGCGUCGCCAGCUGUUCGUGAUGCUGCGUACCAUGGAUAACGUUGCCGUAUUCUUUUCCCUUUUAGUACUUUUCAUCUUUAUAUUCAGUAUUCUCGGGAUGAACCUGUUUGGUUGCAAAUUCUGUGAAACGAUGAAAGGCAGCUCUGACGUCGAGUGUGAUAGGAAAAACUUUGACUCGUUACUCUGGGCUAUUGUGACGGUGUUUCAGAUUUUAACGCAGGAAGAUUGGAACGUUGUGCUGUUCAAUGGUAUGCAGAAGACGUCGCAUUGGGCGGCUCUUUAUUUCGUCGCGCUGAUGACUUUUGGGAAUUAUGUGCUGUUCAAUCUGCUCGUCGCCAUUCUUGUCGAAGGAUUUUCUUCGGAGAGAAACGAAAGAAGAGAAAGAGAACAAAGAGAAAUGGCGAAGCUUGCUGCGAAGGAGGCUGGAAUGGGCAGCGACGAUGGAUCGUCCAGAAUAUCAAGGUCCCAUUCGAUCACGGAUAGCGAUACUUGUACUCAGAUACACACAUGUAGUCCAUACAUAACACCUUUAAAUUAG